UGCUCCACCACGGUCACACUAAUUGCGGCAAAAUUUUGACGCGGAAUUAAAAGCAAAGAACGCCGGAUAUUAGGAAAAGGGCUUCGCUUUAAAAUGUAUGUAAAGAAGCUAGUGCUCGACGGCUUCAAAUCCUAUGGGCGUCGCACAGAAAUAGAAGGAUUCGAUCCGGAGUUCACGGCCAUUACUGGUUUAAAUGGCUCCGGAAAAUCGAACAUCUUGGAUAGCAUCUGCUUUGUUUUAGGAAUCAGUAAUUUGCAGAAUGUGAGAGCUUCGGCACUGCAGGAUUUGGUAUACAAAAACGGACAGGCGGGCAUCACCAAGGCCACUGUUACCAUUGUGUUUGACAACACAAAUGCCGCCCAGUGUCCGCAGGGCUACGAGAAGUGCCGGGAGAUCUCUGUUGCCCGCCAAGUGGUGGUUGGUGGAAAGAACAAAUUCCUGAUCAAUGGCAAACUUGUGCAGAACAAAAAGGUCCAGGACUUCUUCUGUUCCAUUCAGUUAAACGUUAACAAUCCCAACUUCCUGAUCAUGCAGGGCAAGAUCCAGCAAGUGCUAAACAUGAAGCCUAAGGAGGUUCUGUCUAUGGUGGAGGAGGCAGCUGGAACCAGUCAAUACAAAACCAAGCGCGACGCUACUAAAACCCUGAUAGAGAAAAAGGAGACCAAAGUCCGUGAGACUAAGGUCUUGCUCGAUGAGGAGGUGCUGCCAAAAUUGGUUAAGCUUCGACAAGAACGCUCCGCUUACCAGGAGUACCAAAAAAUAUGUCGUGACAUUGAUUUUCUCAUCAGGAUUCACAUUUCCGCCAAGUAUUUGAAACAAUGCGAAACCCUAAAAACAGUGGAAGCGAAUGAGCAGAAAGUCGAGGAUCGCAUAGCCAACUGCAAGGCCACGCAUGCUAAGAAUCUCGAGGAUGUCGAGAGCAUUGAAGCAUCCGUAAAGGAGAUGCAGCAGCAGAUCGAUGCAGAGAUGGGUGGUUCCAUUAAAAAUCUUGAAACCCAGCUUAGUGCAAAACGUGCACUGGAGGCCACUGCCUCGGGUAGUUUAAAGGCGGCGCAGGGAACUAUUCAGCAAGAUGAGAAAAAGAUUCGUAUGGCUUCCAAAAAUAUAGAGGAUGAUGUACGUGCCUUGAAGAAAAAAGAAGCGGACAUGGCCAAUGUUCAAGGAGAGUUUGAAAGCUUGAAGACAGCAGAUGCUACUGACUCCAAAGCCUACGAGGAUGCCCAAAAGAAAUUGGAGGCUGUCUCACAGGGACUGUCAACAAACGAAGAUGGACAGGCUUCAACACUGCAAGAACAGUUGAUGGUGGCCAAGGAGCAGUUCAGCGAGGCACAGACCACCAUUAAGACCUCGGAAUUGGAGCUCCGCCACACGCGUGGUGUCUUAAAACAGCGUGAGGGCGAGACACAGACAAAUGAUGCAGCCUACGUAAAAGAUAAAAACCUUCAUGAUCAGUUGCUUGCGGAGAUUCAGAACUUAGAACGACAGCUGAAAGGUCUUAAUUACGAGGGUGGUCAAUUCGAGCAGCUAAAGCAACGACGCAACGAUCUGCACAUGCGCAAACGCGAGCUUAAAAGAGAGUUAGACCGUUGUAAUGCCUCGCGAUAUGAUCUGCAGUACCAGGAUCCAGAACCCAAUUUUGAUCGGCGCAAGGUACGCGGCAUGGUUGGCAAGUUAUUCAAGGUGAAUGACAUGCAAAACUCAAUGGCUCUUGUACAGACCGCAGGAGGAAGUUUAUAUAGCUAUGUGACGGAUGAUGAUGUGACCAGUAAGAAAAUCCUGCAGAAAGGCAACCUGCAGCGCCGCGUCACAAUGAUUCCCAUUAACAAGAUUCAGUCCGGCUCGCUAAGUAGAAAUGUUGUAGAGUAUGCUCAAAACAAAGUUGGUUCAGAAAAUGUUCAGUGGGCCAUGUCUCUAAUAAGCUACGACAGCUAUUACGAGCCUGUCAUGAGGUUUUGCUUCGGCGGAACACUAAUUUGCAAGGAUCUUGAAGUAGCCAAACAAAUCAGCUACGAUCCACGUAUUAACUGUCGUUCUGUGACUUUGGAAGGAGAUGUUGUUGAUCCCCAUGGUACUGUGUCCGGUGGUGCUGCUCCCAAAGGUGCUAAUGUCUUGGAAGAGCUUUACUCUAUCAAGAAACUAGAAAGAGAGUACAGAGAGAUCGAUAGUGAGAUCUUACAAGUAGAAGAGCAAAUGGCAUCCAUUGAAAACCUAGCCCACUCGUUUAACAAAAUAAAGGAGAACCUAGAACUGCGACAGCACGAGCUAACUAUGUGCGAAAGCAGGUUGGCUCAAACGACCUUUCAACAGAAUCAGGCAGAAAUAGAAGAGAUGAAGGAGAAAGUAAAGAUGCUUGAGCAGCAAACUGUCGACGCCCGAGAGAAGCAAAAGACCUCGCAGGCUAAAAUCAAGGAUAUUGAGGCCAAGCUAGCAGACGCCAAAGGUUAUCGCGAACGGGAGUUAAAAGCGGCUACCAAUGAAUUAAAGGCGGCUAAGCAGCGGGCGGAUAAAUCCCGGGCCAACUGGAAGAAGCGAGAGCAAGAGUUUGAAACUCUUCAACUGGAAAUCACUGAACUGCAGAAAACUAUAGAAACUGCUAAGCAACAGCACCAGGAGAUGAUUGACAACCUCGAAAAAUUUAAGGCUGAGCUUGAUGCCCUAAAAGCAAACAGCUCUAGCGCUGCUUCCGAAGUGACGGAGCUUGAACAGGCCAUUAAGACCCAGAAAGAUAACCUGAAUGCUCAGAACAAGGAAAUGCGAAAUCAGUUGGUCAAGAAAGACAAAAUGCUGAAGCAAAAUCAGGAAAUUGAGCUGGAGUUGAAAAAGAAAGAGAAUGAGCAAAAGAAAAUUAGUUCGGAAGCGAAUGAGGCAAAGAAACGAAUGGAAGCCCUUGAGACGAAGUAUCCAUGGAUCCCGGAGGAGAAGAACUGCUUUGGUAUGAAGAACACCCGAUAUGACUACAGUAAGGAAGAUCCCCACGAGGCAGGCAAUAAGCUGGCGAAGAUGCAGGAAAAAAAGGACAAAAUGGAGCGCACCCUUAACAUGAAUGCCAUAAUGGUUCUGGAUCGCGAGGAGGAGAACUUCAAGGAGACCGAGCGCCGUAGAAACAUUGUGGCCAUGGACAAAGAGAAGAUUAAAAAAAUUAUUGUUAAGAUGGAUGAGGAAGAACAAGAUCAGUUAAACCGAGCUGCUACCGAAGUAAAUGCCAACUUCAGUGGUAUCUUUAGCUCUCUUCUACCAGGUGCUGAUGCGAAACUAAAUCCAGUUCAUACCAAUGGUUGUCUGACCGGCUUGGAGAUCAAGGUUGGCUUCAAUGGCAAGUGGAAGGAAAGUCUUGGCGAGCUUUCGGGUGGUCAAAAGUCUUUGGUAGCUUUAUCUCUUGUGCUGGCUAUGCUGAAGUUCUCUCCUGCUCCUUUGUACAUUUUGGAUGAGGUAGAUGCCGCUCUAGACAUGUCGCACACCCAAAACAUUGGAAGCAUGUUGAAGCAGCACUUCACCAAUUCGCAGUUUUUAAUUGUGUCUCUCAAGGAUGGUCUUUUCAACCAUGCCAACGUUCUGUUUCGCACACUUUUCGAGGAGGGUGUGUCCACCAUAACCAGACAGGUCAGUCGGCAAGCAACGACCAACAAACGCUGAAUUUCAACUGGAAGUCCUAUUUUUCAUCACUCUUAAAUUAAAAACUUGUUUUUAUGUCUUAAAUCAAUUUUUCAAAAACACUCGCAUUGAAAGCAGGAAUGGAAUUGAAUGAUAUGUUUGCAUAGUUUUUAAGGUUUAAACUAACUUACUUAUUAAACCGAGUUCUAUUUAUGGAAGAAAAAAACACAUAUGUAUGUAAAUAAGUAUAUAUGUAAGUGUAUAGGUUUAAGUUGUCAUUUUGAAUGUUAAAUUUAUAACAGCGUUUUAUUUCUUUACCAAUCAGUUUCACCAGUGCAGUCUGGUAAUUAUUUUAUUUGAAUAAAUUUUUUAUAAAAAUAAAGUAUUUCAUAAAGCA